GCCAGCAAAGGGAGUCAAGAGAGGUCAAGAGGGGCAGCAAACGAUAAUAACAACUCUUAAUUAUACUUCCCACCAAAAAAAAAAAAAAAAAAAAAAAAACCUUGCCCUGGCUGGUUCCCACCGAUCGAUCGAGGAGCGGACAAGUCGGCCUUAUGGUCAACUACUACGUAGACUUCAUGUAGACUGAUGUGCUCUCUAAACCAUAAAUCCUUCCACCCAACCGUCGUUUGGGUGGUACUGGGUUGAAAGCAACCAGCCGUAUUUCUCCGCUUCCAGCUCCUUCUCCACGUCCUAUCGGACUCCGUCUCGGUUUACUCAUAGUUUAACCAGAUAAUACCACUGAUAUUAACGGCCAUUAGCUUCCAUCUAUACACUGAACACCUAGUAGUUGACAACAAAACACACCACACUAAUAUACACGCAUACACCCGCCAUCAUGACAGUCGCAGUAUCAACAGUCGACCCUCAAAUCCUUGAGACUCUCCAGCAAACAGCACCGCAAAUCCCCUUCGAGGAGAUCACCCGUCUGGUCUACAACACAUAUGUACCUGGCCGAUUUGGUAAGAUUCACACUGGCCGAUGGAAGGACAACGACGUCGAGCUUAAACAGCCCUUUGGAGAGCACGCCGCGAUCGAAAAAGAGGUUCGCCUUCUACACAAGCUGAGACACUGUCCUCAAAUCCUCCGUCUUUACGGAUACACCAUCGACUCUACAACCUCAAUCGUCUACCUUGUUGUGCAACACAAUGAACACGGCACUCUGCAUUCAUAUCUGCUCAACUUCCACCCUCAUCUCACCUGGUCAGAUCGAUACAAUCUGGCCAUGGAUAUUGCACUCGGCCUUCGCUACCUACACCACAAAGGCUGCAGGCAUCGUCACCUCCAUUCUGCGAGCAUCCUCAUCGACACAAAUGGCUCGGCCGUCCUUUCAGAUUUCGGCAACAGCAAGGACUCUGAGGUCAUUUCAUCACGCGAACACACUACUCGCAUGGCAUAUCUUGCACCAGAGCGACUCACCAAGACCGCAGCGCGCUAUUCAAUGGAGUGUGAUAUCUAUUCCCUGGGAGUGGUCCUUUGGGAGAUCUCCAGUGGGCGACCUCCUUAUGAAGAUCUCAUCACGCCACAAAAUAUUCAAAGCGGCGCUCUCACCUCUUUGGCGCAAAACAUCGUUGCUGGCCGUCGUGAACGUCCAGUCGCAGGCACGGACCCCUUGUACGAGGAGCUGUACACGCGAUGCUGGCACCCAAAUCCUCAGGAACGUCCAUCGGUCGAGUGGAUCAUACAAACCCUCGGCGUGUUAUUGAAGCAGCCAUCGAGCGGCGUCAUUUGUCAGCUGGAAGACUUGAGCAUUCAUGACGAACCGAAUGUGACGCCGUCCGCGAAGACGACGAAGGCCCCCAACAGCAGUUCAACGUCUAUGGUGGUUAGUGUUGGCAGAUCGCCUUCGUACGAGAACGAUUUGGGCGCCCCGAGUCCCCUCAUCCGAUCGCGCGAAGUUCUUCUCUCACCACGAGAACCUGAUUACCCACCGCCUCCGCCACCCAUGCCUCCACCAAUUCCUCCAGUCUCUCAACGUCGUAAGCUUUCGGUAGCCCCAUCGUUUGCUCCAUCCACACGUUCCAUGUCCAUUAGCAGCGGGAGUUCAAGUGGAUCGUCAGUGAGCAGUAGUCCAGCUGUUCCAGCAAGAGAUGCACGCCGAAUGUCCACCGUGCACGCGCAGCACUCCGCAGAAAUCCCUCAAUACAACGUUCCCCUAAAGCGACGCAGCCCACAAACCAUCUGGGAAGCCUGUCAGGAAGGAAACGCGGACCUUACAGAAUGGCAUAUCCUCACGACGGGCGCCAAUCCGGAUGGACUGGUGUCCUUGCCUGCAUACUCGAUGCUUGCUGAGGUUGCACCCAUUCAUGUCGCGUGCUUUUUCCAGCCUGAUACCCUCACGGAUGUUCUCAAAACCCUUCAGCGAAAUGGUGCCAACAUGGAGCUUCUCACGACCUUGACAAAACAAUCAGCACUCCACAUCCUUCUCGAGCACGCCACCAACUAUGACCUCGCUCUGGAAGUGGCAAAGUAUCUCAUGCUGGAAUGUAAAUUGGGCGUCAACGAUCCUGAUAACCGAGGACUCACGCCAUUCCACAAGUAUAUCAAGAAUCCUCAUCUGAGCGGCAUCAACUCUGUUGCGGCAUCGGAGCUCUAUGUGCUACUGCGCGACCGCGGUGAAGCAAACUUGAGCCUGGAAUCUCAUCAUGAGGGCAAUGCUCUCGGCAUGACGGCGCGUUACCUUCGCGUGGAUCUGAUGAAACUGUUCUUGCUGACUGAUAUCUCUUGCUCGGAUUCAAAGAGCCUUGCAUAUGCGGCUAGUGUGGUUGAGGCGCCCUUGAGCGACAGUCGUUCUUCCAAGUCUGCGCAGGAUUUGUGUCGCGCAAUCCUCGCCGAGUGGAAAGGAGAGCGUGGCGAGACGAAACGGAUGGUCAUGGCGGAGCGGAUUCUGGAGCAUCAAGGCCUCACUGCCUCAUCUUCAGCUGGGCCAGCAGCGUCCUCUCCAUCUCUUACUCCCGUUGGCCCUUCGUCAAAGGGUCGCAAGCAAGGAGGUCUUUUGAGUCUCGGCAAAUCAAGCAAGGUGGCAAAAGAUGACGCCACCCCGGCACUCACCCCGUUACCCGCCAAGAUGGCCACAGAGGUGGACGUUGCCAAGAAGAUCUUGCAGAGCACAUCGGUUAAGCAGCGGAAGCUGAAGAACUUGAUCGCAGAUUCUGGUUUUUAGAGAACAGGCUGCAUAGUCUGUUAUGUAUCCCGAGGAUGAGCACCCUUUGCGUUUCUUAGAUAGCCUACGGAAUCCCUCCUUAUUCAGUUGUAUAUACAUAAUUUUACCUCGCGGCGAUUCAGCCAAUGUUAAUAAACAGCAUCGACAUGCC